AAAUCGCAAACCAAAAAAAAAUCAAGAAAAAUGUGCUUACUGACAGAGGAAGGAAGUCGAAUAAAUAGAGCGAGUCGAAAGGUCAGCUCAACGCCGAGUCGCCGAUCCGCACCCUCCACCCCACCGCCGGCCAGGCCUCCUCCAGAUCCAUCCAUCCCCGCACCAGAGAAGCAGCGGCGAUACGAGAGGCCAUGGAUGCGAGCAGGAGGAACAAGUGGGUGGCCUGGGCGGCGGCGGCCGUCAUCUUCGUCGUCCUCAUGCUCGUCACGCCCGCCAUCCCGCAGGACGAGGCCUACCACAACUUCGCCGACCACCGCACCCUCUUCCUAGGGAUCCCUAACACGUUGAAUGUGAUUUCAAACAUCCCCUUCUUUUUUGUGGGUGUCACGGGGCUCGUCUUGUGCCACUACAAAGAUUACUUCAGGCUAAGCUCACAGGGGGAGCUCUGGAGUUGGACACUGUUCUUUGUUGGUGUCACUGCUGUUGCUUUUGGUUCAUCCUAUUACCAUCUCAACCCAAAUGAUUUCACGCUAGUUUGGGACAGAUUGCCGAUGACGAUUGCUUUCACCUCGAUCAUGGCUAUUUUCAUCAUUGAAAGGAUUGAUGAUAGGGCAGGAGCAAAGUCACUUGCACCACUUGUUAUUGCUGGUGCGCUGAGCAUCAUGUAUUGGAGCUUCUUCGAUGAUCUUCGCCCAUAUGCAGUAGUUCAGUUUGUUCCAUGCAUUGUUAUACCUGUGAUGGCUAUAGUAAUUCCACCAAUGUAUACGCAUUCAAGCUACUGGUUGUGGGCAGCAGGAUUUUACCUCCUCGCUAAAGUGGAAGAGGCUGCUGACAAACCUAUCUAUAAGUGGACUCAUCAUGUUGUCAGUGGUCAUACUCUUAAGCAUGUGUGUGCUGCAAUGGUACCUGUUUUUUUGGCUCUCAUGCUAGCCAAAAGGACUCUUGAGCCAGAAAGGGUAAGUAUGCUGCAGAAGUGGAAAAUCAGUUGGACUACUGUAAGAGAGAUUCGUUCCAAGGAUAGGAACACAGUUGAUGUCGAUUGCAACUAUGCUGCUGUUUCAAGUACAUCUGAACAGUAAAUAUACAGCUAGCAUUCUGCACACUUGUAAGGAACAAAUAGCAGGGCACAUCUGAAUAUUAGGAAAUCCACCACAGCUGAGUUCCAUCGGUGCAAAGAGGCUGUCUGAUAGUGUAGUAGAUGAUACGUUUGCUCAAGAUGUUAUGGUGUUCUAUGACUAUGAGAGCCAGAUUACACGUGUUAAUAAUAUGCGAGAGAAUUACAGGUUGUAA